ACCUGCACACAGUCUCUCCUUGUUCAGAGCUAUUCAACCUCCUGCUGAUCCCAGUACCCCCCACCCCUAUUUAAGGCUACAGAGAGGAAAUCCUAAGGAGGAAAUUUUCCCUUCGAGUCUCCAGCAACGUUUUGGUGACGUAUUAAGUGGGCGGAACUUGAGUCUACCAAGAGAGGGAAUCACUAUUCAAGGGUACUGCAUAUACAAUCCAGGCCAGCUGCAGCUGGUUACUGCAUUUCUCCAUGUGGCAGACAGAGCAAAGCCACAGUGCUUUCUCUGCUGGAUUACAGAUAGCCCACAGACCAGAACUUCCACUCUACUACUUAAAAUUGCAUAGGUGGCUUGUCAAAUUCAAUUGAUUGGUGUUGUAAGAAGAAAAAGAAGUUCCUUAUUACAGCUUGGAUUUAACGGUCCAUAAAAAAAAAUGAAGUUGCCAUUAAAGUCACAGACGAACAAACUUCUAUGCUGAUUUUUAAAAGCAAGAACAAGAGCAGCAAGUUUCUGGGUCUGCUUUAUCAACAGAUAAAAAAAGACAACAUACAACCUCAUUUCAAAAUGAAGGCUUUUAUCUGGACCCUAAGUGUGCUAUUCGUCCUACUAAUGGGCGCUGGACAAUGCAGAGGAGGACAGUUCAAAAUAAAAAAAAUAAACCAGAGGAGAUACCCUCGUGCCAUAGAUGGUAAAGAGGAAGUAAAGAAAUGUGCGUAUACAUUCCUGGUACCCGAACAAAAAAUAACAGGGCCAAUUUGUGUCAACACCAAAGGGCAAGAUGCAGGUACCAUUAAAGACAUGAUCACCAGGAUGGACCUUGAAAACCUGAAGGAUGUGCUCUCCAGGCAGAAGCGGGAGAUAGAUGUUCUGCAAUUGGUGGUGGACGUAGACGGAAACAUUGUGAAUGAGGUAAAGCUGCUGAGAAAAGAAAGCCGUAACAUGAACUCUCGUGUUACUCAACUCUAUAUGCAACUAUUACAUGAGAUUAUCCGUAAGAGGGAUAAUUCACUCGAACUUUCCCAGCUGGAAAAUAAAAUCCUCAACAUCACCACAGAAAUGUUGAAGAUGGCAACAAGGUACAGGGAAUUAGAAGUGAAAUAUGCUUCCUUGACUGAUCUGGUCAAUAACCAGUCUGUGAUGAUCACUCUGUUGGAAGAACAGUGCUUGAGGAUAUUUUCCCGACAAGACCCCCAUGUGUCUCCUCCUCUUGUCCAGGUAGUGCCACAACAUAUUCCUAACAGUCAUCAAUACACUCCAGGUCUGUUGGGAAGUAAUGAGAUACAGAGGGAUCCCAGUUUUCCCAGAGAUUUAAUGCCACCACCUGAUCUGGCAACUUCUCCCACCAAAAGCCCUCUCAAGAUGCCACCAGUAACUUUCAUCAGUGAAGGACCUUUCAAAGACUGUCAGCAUGCAAAAGAAGCUGGACAUUCAGUCAGUGGGAUUUAUAUGAUUAAACCUGGAAACAGCAAUGGACCGAUACAGUUAUGGUGUGAGAACAGCCUGGAUCCUGGGGGUUGGACUGUUAUUCAGAAAAGAACAGAUGGCUCUGUCAACUUCUUCAGAAAUUGGGAAAAUUAUAAGAAAGGGUUUGGAAACAUUGAUGGAGAAUACUGGCUUGGGCUGGAAAAUAUCUAUAUGCUGAGCAAUCAAGAUAAUUAUAAGUUGUUGAUUGAAUUAGAAGAUUGGAGUGAUAAAAAAGUCUAUGCAGAAUAUAGCAGCUUUCGCCUGGAACCUGAAAGUGAAUUCUACAGACUGCGCCUGGGAACUUACCAGGGAAAUGCAGGGGAUUCUAUGAUGUGGCAUAAUGGUAAACAGUUCACCACACUGGACAGAGAUAAAGAUAUGUAUGCAGGAAACUGCGCCCACUUUCAUAAAGGAGGAUGGUGGUACAAUGCCUGCGCACAUUCUAACCUAAAUGGAGUCUGGUACAGAGGAGGCCACUACAGAAGCAAGUACCAAGAUGGAAUUUUUUGGGCCGAAUACCGAGGCGGGUCAUACUCCUUGAGAGCAGUUCAAAUGAUGAUCAAGCCUAUUGACUGAAGAGCCUCUAACUUAAAUAACACAGAACUCUGCAUUUUUCAGUUUCUAAAACUGUAAAUGUUACAUGUGUAUUAUUUUGCACAAUUCAUUCCUACAGAUAUAGUUUUUUAAAUGAAUUUUACUAUAACUAUUAAAAGGGGAUUCAUUGAUGUAGCUUCAUGUUCCCUCAAUAUAAUGAAGAUUAUUUGUAUCCAUCAUCCCAGUUAUUUUAAAAAUUAUACUGACUAAAUACAGGCGAAGUUUGUUUUCUAAAAUGUAAAUAUAUGCCACAAUGUAAAGCAAAUCUUAGUUUAUUUUAACUCAAAAUUGAACACAUGUUCAAGAUCCUUAGCAAUUUAUUUAAAAACUUUAUGAGAUUGCUCUAACUUCCAAUGGAAAAAUAAUUUUAAGAUUUCAGCCAAGUAAUACAUUUUAUUUAUAAAAUUAUAGACAGGAAAUUAGAGAAAACUCUAGUUUUGCCAAUAGAAAAUACAUUUUGCAUUGAAUAAAAGUUAUUUCAAAUUGACUUUGUGCCUUUUACAUGAAGUGAUCAAAUCUGAAUUAAUGUAUUUUAUUUAUGCUAAUUUCCCCAAAGAAUUAAGUGACCCACAAUAUUAAAAUACAUAUUUAUAAAACAGAAAUGUAUGCAUUAUUUAAAUGAUCAGUUUAUUAAAAAGUACACAAAUGAAUUUUUCAAAAUUAUCUUCAUAUGGUUUUCUUAACACCAAAAUCUCCUGAAAUACAUUUUAUAAGAAAAAUAUUGAUAUUACAAAAAUGGAGAAUAUUUAGUCAAGUCAUGGUUUUACAGAUCUGAAUUAAAACUCUAAGUUUAUUAAUUACCCUUCUCCACCAAUUUACUGAUCCUUAUUAUGUGGAAAAAAACCUGUCUGCUCUUCAAGUGAGAAAGCUUGGACAGCUUUAUAAGCAUUACUGCAUACUUAGGGGCGGACUAAACUAACUUCAAGGAACUGUUAGAUUAUUUUCCCAAUACUGAGAUUCAAGAGCUCCAAAGCAGAAUCCACAGGGGUUUUGGCUAGUCCAAACUGCUAAUUCCACUUUAUAGUCUGUGUGUCUUUAACUCAUUUUGCAACUAACAAUUUUAUCACCAACCUUCUGGAAUAACUACCUUCUAGAAACAUAUUCACUGCUUACAGCCGACCUUCCCUUUAAGCAUUUGUCAAUUAAAUUUUAGAGAAGUCUCAUGACACUUUUCGCUUAAGCAAAAAGAAAACACAAUCAGAACUGAAGUUAAUCAUUUGAAUAAGUCAAAUCCACCAAAAUGACCAAUGUUGUCCUCUGUUACACCUCAAAAUUAAAGUUCUGGUGAAAGAAAUGAGAAAAGCAAAAUCUUACAGAGGUACUAAGCUUUGUUUACCUGUGGUCAUGUUAAAUUGGUUUUGGAAUCCCUUACAACCACUUCCAUAACCAAAAAAAUCUGUUAUUAGAUUUCUGGGAGGAAUUAUGCAUCUAAUUAUUGUAUCAAAUCUUAACUGAAUAAAACUUUACUAGGGCAUUUAAUUUACUGACAGAACUAGAGCAUUUCAUUUACACAACGAAAAGCCUAUCAGUAAGAUAGAGAGGAGUAUAAAAGUAGAAUGAUGUGAAAGUCAACGUACAAACUAGAAAACUGGGCUGAAAGCUACACUGUCUCGGCUGCUGGACCUGCUCUGCUCUCAUGUAUAGAGACGAUACAGAUCAGUUCUGGAGUUCCUGGAGAGCUUAAGAAUAAUUUACGCAAGUGAGUUACUUGAGAGCACAGAACGAGAAGCACUAUUACAUGAUGGUUGCGUGUAGGUCCUAAUGUCAGAGCUGCUUGGGUUUGCGGCCCACUCUACCACUUUCCUAGCUGUGUUACGGUGGGCAGUUUAUAUACUCCUGCCUCGGUUUUCUUAUCUGUAACAUGGGAAUAACAAACCCGUGAUUACUGUGAAAAUCAAAUGAGGUAAUACACGUGGUAAAAAAAUUAUUUAGAAUAAUGCCUGAUACAAGUGAGGGCUCAGCAGACUUUAGCUAUCAAACUACUACUCAUCUAUGUACUCUCUGCAGCACCUAUUAAGGUGCCUUUUAUAGAGCAGGGGAUCAAUAAGUGUUCAGGCAUAAAGUUAUAUUGAUCCAUGACCUUCAUGUGAGAACCUAACAAAUCAAUAAGUGUUCAAGCAUAACAUUAUAUUGAUCCAUGAACGUCAUCUGAAAACCUAACAAACCUAUGUCAACUGUUAUGGCAGGUAGUUAAGAGACUGGGCCUUAAGAAAAGAAAGAUUAAGGCAAGAAUAGCCACAGUAGGAACUUCAGCCUUAUGAGGCUCUUGUGAGAGAUUAAAUAGGUCACUUGUGUGGUAGGUAAGGAGCUACUUCACAGAUAACUUAGGAAUAAGGAUGUGACUGCUUUACCUUUGGUAAGAUAGAGCUAUCAACUUGGAGCUUAUUUACAGGAUUUUUAUGUUCAGUUAUUUUUAAUAAAUGAAAUGAAGCUUAUCCUCAAAAUGAUUUAGAUUUUAUUCUGUACUCAAUGGGAAGCUAUCAACACCUAGGAAUCUUGGCAUCACUGAAGCAGACUUUUGUAACUUGAGACUGUGGAUAAUGCCACUAUUAGACACCAUCCUGAGAUUUAGUAGAUAUCUAUAGAUAACCUUAUCCUCAGGCUCCAAGUCUGGUAGAGCAUAAAGAGCAAAUUUGUGUUCAAUGUUCACUAGACUCUAUGAGUCAUGAUAUGACAGUGCUAAUUCUCUAGCAUUAGAUUUCUUAGGACUCCUACUAGUAAUGAUUAUAGUAAGCCUAUAAAAACUUCUACAAUCAUAAAAAUGUUUUAAAUUACUUGUAAACCUAUACUAGUAUGAUUUUUAUGUGCUUAACAGUAAGUUAAAGAUUAUUAUACCAUAACAAAUUUUGUCUUUUAUUUUAGUGUCUGUGAAAUACAACCAAGUUAAGAAUGAUUUCACUUGUAAUGCCAAGACCCUUCCUCCCUCCCCUUAAAAAGCUACCUAAAAAAUAUGUUUAGUUUUUAUUUUUAUCAGUGAGGCUAAGUUACUACAUUUUAAUUCCAUUGAUAAUUAAAGGAAAGAUUCAAGAUUGAACUCAAAAUUUUAAUCGAUUCCCAAAAUAUAAUUUUAUAAAGCUUUCUUUGAACUAUAAAGUUAUAAUGCCUAUCUUCAUAGCAAGUCAAUUUAACCUCCCUUGUCUCAGUUUAUUUGUAAAGUAUGAAAAAUAAUACCACUUACCUUAUAAAACUGUUAAGAAUUAGCUAAUUUAUGUAAAGUACAAGGUGUACAUUUAGGAUUAAAUGCUGAAUAAAUGUUAGUCAUUAAGAUUUUUAUUAUUAUUAUCCUUUAAGGUUUGUUCAAAAAAUUGCAAAACAAAUUAUUGAAAUAUCAACAAUUGGAAACACCACUGGCAAAGCUGUUGGAACUGCUGGAAAUCUGAUUCUGUUUAUGAUUAUAAUACAGAUCUGUGUAGCUACAAUUUUUUCUUUUUUUAAAGAUACAGGUUUUUAAAGAAAAACUAUGAAUAUGGGAAAGAAAUUAAUGCAACCCUAUCCUUAGCCUUUUUAUAUAACAAGCCUUUGAGCACUCUAAAAUAAACUUUAGGGAAAAAAAAUACCAUUAAGGAAUGCUGAAGGAAUUUUAAAUAUAUAAAAAAGAAUGAGGAUAAAAAAGGAUAUAAAUGAGGUAAUGGAAAAUGGGGAUGCAGUUCUGGCUAAAGAAAAAGCUAGGGCUAGCUGCCAUUUGGUCAGAACGCAUUCUUGGAUUCAAAAGAAAAUGACUGAACAUGCUUUACUGCUGUUCUCGAAUACAGUAUAUAACCUAAUGAGAGCAAGGUAAAGUAAUCUAUGGUAUAUAUUCUACAAAUCAAACCAAAGAAAGGAAACUGGAAUAGAACUCUUAAAAUAUUAAAAUCUAAUGACAUUUUUUGACCACGACAUUUUUGAGGCCACUGUCAGAGCCUUUUAUAUAUUUAACCAUGUAAAAUUUCACUGAAGGGUUAAAAAAUAAAUCCCAAUUUCCUGGAAGCUUUGGAAUUAUGUGAAUAUAAAGGUGAAUAAAAAGCUUUUCUUUUUGAAACUAUUUGUACACAGAUUGGUAGCAAUUUCUACAACUAAAGAACUGUAUUCUACUGAGAGAUCAAGAUAGGUAAAACUACUGAAAAAUAAGAGGAUCAGAUAAAAAUCUGAAGAUCCUUGUAAGUUUAGGCACAAUUUAAACAUUUCACUAGCUGUGAUGAGGACACGACUAACAAGGCCUGCAAUUGCAAUGAUAUAUACCUCUUCAGUGACAAAGGAAACAGAGUAUUUACAAGGUAAUGAUAUCCGCUUGAGCCUCUGGUAUUAAGGAGAUGUAAAAUUCCAUAAAGCCAGGGGCAAAAUCCACUUUGUUUUCUGUCCCUGCCAGGCCCUGCCUUCUAGCCCCAACUUGGGACCAGAGUGCAAGGUGGGAUUGCAGGAUGCUCACAUGACACCUAUGUGCUUCCCUGGGCCAAGAGGACACUAGCCCUCUGGGCUUAAAGAGGAAGGGGGCCAGUGUAUGCAGCUUGCCAGGGACCCCACCUCCCCUCACUUGGGCGCCUGUGUGUUGGGUGUGGGGAUUCUUCCUGUGGGGCCAAAGCCCUGAGCUAGGUCAGUAGCCUCCACCCGCUUGCUCUUACCCGGCCACAUGCCCGCCCCUAGAUGCAGACUGCUUUGAACUACAGCUGUUCGACUUGGUUUUGUUUGCACCGACGUAAAAAAAAGUGCUAACAAGGAAAGCAAUGGGAGAACCCUGGGGAGGACCAGGCUCCUGAGCUUCCUGCGCCUCCAGGAUGGGCUCCGUGCUCCAACUGGAAGCCCUGGCCGCCUGCGCCUUCUCUCAGGACCUUGCCUGCGGGGGUGCUGGGCCGCGGCUGCGCCUAUGUGUACACCCAGCAUCGCGCCGCCUGUGUCUGAGGUCUUGUAUGUCAAAAUAAAGCCGCUACAAACUGAAAAAACAAAACCAAACCAAAAAAAACCCCAAGCGUACUGCUAAGCAAAUGCUGGUUAGCCAGCUGAUGCACCACAAGAAUGGGGAUGGGUAGGAAGAUGAUGAAUACAAAAUGCCACACAAUAACUUUAUUGUAUUUAAAAGGAAUAAAAUGACUGAAGCAUUGGGAAGAGCCAGAAAGAUAUCAUUUAAUUAAUUAAUCCAACCAACAAAUACUACUAAGUAUCUACUUUUGUUGAAGCUAGGGAAAAAGCCUUGAACCAAGACGAAUAAUGGCUCACACACUACUGAGGAGGAGGCAGAUUAAUGAAAACAUCAUAAUGAAAAUAAAACGGUGCUUUUCAGAAUGAUGGAUCACUAUAUAACGGAAGAUUAUAAGGCCAACUUUUCUUUCUCCAAAAAAAAAAAAGCCUAUUUUGAAAAUCUAACAUAUCAAACUGAAAAAAGUCAAGUAUGGGGGGGGCUCUCUCUACCAGAGUGAGGAGUCAUACCUACAUUCAUCUAAACAUAUACUCACAUCCUACAGAAGAGCAGGGGACUUUACAAAAACUUCUCUGCUUCUACUUAAUAGAAAGCAAUAUACAGAACUACAAGUUACUUAUAUCCAUAGUUUUAAAAAUAUGCUUUCUUUCCAGAAAACACCAAAGCUGGUUGAUCUCCUGCAUCUUCCCAAAAUUACAUGAAUAAAAUAGAAAUGAGGCUAGAAAAUGCACAUAAACGAAGAUAUUUGUUUCAUAUAUUUAAAUCAUUUUUGCACAAUAUUCUGUUUUUCUCUCUCUUCAGCAAGGCAAAGCUACCCAUGCCAAAUUCUUCAAUAAGCCCCAUAAGAUUUUCCUCCAGUGACAAGAACAAAUGAGUGCUGUUAAUGAUUUUCAGAUUUAAAGCAAUAAUUCUCAUAUAAAACAGUUUUUUCCUUGAGACUUGCCAAACUACUCCUCUCCAGAAAAACUGUAUCCUUAUUCUAAAAAUUUUUCACUAUAUUGUCCAGGCUGACUAAUUUUUACCUUGAAUGGAAACCAAUGGAAGAGACAAUCUUUCAAGGGAUUAUGAGGUAAAAGCCAAGAAAACAUUUUCUGUUGCUUACAAUUUAACCCAAAUGUACAGAUACAUUUGGCAGUAUCAAAAUAAGAGGUUUUCAGCAUAUAAACCCCCACCUCCUUUUUUUAAGCUUCACAAGGACUGGUUAGUUUUGAUCAUAAUUUUUGGGGCAAGAACACCACUAGUUUGGACCAUACCUCUUAUGGUAAGAAAAAGAUGACUAGUCUUCACCUUUCCUCUAUGCACUACAGAUUCUAUUGACAAUAUUCCUUCCAUAAGAACAUUUGCCAAAAUAACUGUAUGAAGGGUACUAUUAUGCAAAUUAUGUGUACUUGAAAGAGGGACAGCUAAAUAGAAGCUACUAGUUUGUAUAAUGAUUAUCACCUUUCUAAUGUGUUCAGGGCAAGUUCUGUUCAAGACAAGGCCUAAUUUCCUCUGAGUAGGAAAGGGUUCCACAACCAAGACAAUUUAAAAACUAUGAUCCCAAUUCGUUUUAAAUUAGAAUAAAAUAUGAAAAAGUAAAUACUAACAGGAUACAAACUGAAAUCUUCAUUCUUCAAAACAUUCAGUAUUGAAGAUAGGGAAUGAAAAAACAAACCAGUCAUCUAUGAUGUAAAUAAAAAUCAAGUAGUCAAAAAAUUGUGUAAACUGAAAAUAUUUCACAUUUUCUUAGAAAAAGCAUGGAUGUUUUGAUAAAAUACACUUAAUCCCAAGGUUUGCUAUAAAAUAAAACUGUCAUUACAUUAAAAGGACAAUCUUCAUGCUGAAAACAAACAAAACUGAGACGCAAUAACUUAUCUGACAACUGUUUGGUUUUCCUUUCCUAAGUCUACCAAACGUUUAUGAUAAAUGUUCCACAAUCACCUCACAAUCUCAGAUGCUUCUUCACAAGCUAGUACAGGGAUGAAUAAUUACAUAAAGACUAUGAAUAUACAAAAUUAUGUAGAUCCUUAACAUAUAAAUCAAGUACAAAAAUCAAAUGAAUAUUCAUAUUUGACCUGAUUGUUUAUAGGUCAUAUUGCAUGAUCAAAAC